CGUUAUUGUCAUCGGUUGUCGAGACAGCAAACAAACCACUCGACUUUAUGUGUGAAUUGCAGUUUUCUCUGCUGCAAAUUCAGUACUUGCUGUCGAAGAUGGGGAAUAAUUAAAAUAUUAAGUGGAUCCACUUUGUCUUUACCAAGGAAAAGUUCAGAUAACUAAGAAACCAUGGCCACUUUGUCAGAAACAAAGCGUGCUAACCUUGAGAGUGCUGUUCUGUUCAUGCAGCAAGAACAUGCCACAACUUUGAAGGGACUGCAUGAAGAAAUACAGACUUUGCAGAAAAGGUGCUCAGAUCUUACUUUUCAGUUGGCUAUGCAAUCGACUUCUUCAUCUCAGGAAGAUGAAUAUAAACAAAGAGUAGAGGUUUUAGAGAAAGAAAUUGCUGAGAAGAAGAAACAGGAAGAGGAACUAUACAAGACAAUAGACAAAAGGGAAGCUAAAAUAAUAUCUUUGGAGCAAGCUCUCAAAGCUUUUGAAAGGAAGCAGUUUGUGGAAAUCCAGACAUUUAAAUCAAAGGUAACAACAUUAGAAUCUGCACUGAAUGCAAAAUCAGAUGAGGUGGUGCUAUUAAGAGAACAACUGCGCCAGCAACGGGGUGUCGCUGGACAAAACUCUGAAGAUCCUGUGCGCUCUAGUUUUUCACCUGCUCCACCAAGAGAGGGCACUCCCACAUCAUUCCACAGAUCUCAAUACAGAAACAGGAAGGCCUUGGUGGAUGCUAAUGGACAGCCUGUCAUUGCCAGGAAACUCAGUUCAUCAUCUGGCAGCUCUCUGGGCAUGCGGCCUGUCUCGGGUCGACGUUUGCCUCAAACCCCACAGCAUCCUCAGCCCAUGCCAGAUCCUACACCUUUCUUGCAUGCACAAGACUCUGACCCGCAUCUGUUGUUGACACGACAGGCAACAACAGUGCUGCCACCUAUACGUGGUGGUAAGGAACCUCGCCACCAUACACAAGCUGUCCUUAUACACCGGCAGAAAAAUAAGACUGUUAUUGCCAAGGACCAAGGUUCCCCAACUCGUGUUACCCCAGAGGUAGAAACUCUGGCGGUGGAUAGAAUCUCUUUGAAUGAUAAUCAGCAGUGGAGGCAGACAGAGCAAUCCAAUGGGAGGGAAUACUAGAGGUGCUUCAGUUGAAUACUCUUUUUCUCAGUGGCCAUAAAAUGAUCUAUUUUAAUGUGAGUGAAAUGAGACGAGUCAUUUCAAUUCUGUAGGUAGAAAAUUUUGGGAGCUUAUGUUUAUUAUUGUGGAAUUUAAAAAAGCUAGCUGGUUUAUUGAUGUAUUGUUGUAGGAGAUGUUUUAGUGUACGUAGAUGUACUUAAUUUAUGUGAAGUGUAUGGAUGUGUGCAUCACAUGGUUUAGUUAUCAUCUUUUAUUGUUGGGUGGCUGCAACAGCACCAUAGCUUUAGAAUGGUAAAGUGCAAUGUAAUGUGUAGCUUUGAAUGUUAACACUAUAUUUAAAUUGAUUCUGGGUGAAGAACAAGUUUCUGUAGUAUUUAUUGGUACCUUAACUUUACAAUAAUGUUAUUUAUGACACAGCAUGACAUUUGCCAAUGAAAAACGACAGUAUGGAAGUAUAAUGAAAUAUACAUUAUGAACUUUCGUACUAGACAUACACUUUUUAAAAUUAUGUAGCUUUUUCACAUUACUUCGUUGUUGAAUUUCAAGUUAAAAAUUGACAUGAAUAAAUUGCAUU